GCAAUGUGGCUAGGGUACCCUGGAACCAGCGGGGCCUUGUUCAUGGAUUAUAUCAUCACAGAUAAAGAAACUUCCCCAGUUGAGGUGGCUGAGCAGUAUUCUGAGAAAUUAGCUUACAUGCCAAAUACCUUCUUUAUUGGAGACCAUGCCAACAUGUUUCCUCACCUGAAGAAAAAAGCAGUCAUUGAUUUCAAGUCUAAUGGUCAUAUUUAUGAUAACAGAAUUGUUCUGAACGGCAUCGACUUGAAGGCUUUCCUUGACAGCCUCCCUGAUGUCAAAAUUGUUAAGAUGAAGUGUCCUGAUAGCGGAGACAACGCGGACAGCAACGCUGCCCUCAGUAUGCCAGUCAUUCCUAUGAAUACAAUUGCAGAAGCUGUUAUUGAGAUGAUAAAUCGUGGUCAAAUUCAGAUAACAAUCAAUGGAUUCAACAUCAGUAAUGGACUAGCAACCACCCAGAUUAACAACAAAGCAGCAACUGGAGAAGAAGUUCCACGAACUAUCAUUGUUACUACUCGUUCCCAGUAUGGAUUACCAGAAGAUGCUGUUGUAUACUGUAACUUCAAUCAGCUGUAUAAGAUUGACCCUUCCACUUUGCAGAUGUGGGCUAAUAUCCUAAAAAGAGUUCCAAACAGCGUGCUGUGGCUAUUGCGAUUCCCAGCUGUAGGAGAACCCAAUAUUCAGCAGUACGCACAAAACUUGGGUCUUUCCCAAAACCGAAUCAUCUUUUCUCCCGUUGCCCCUAAAGAGGAACAUGUGAGGAGAGGCCAGUUGGCUGAUGUUUGCCUAGACACUCCACUUUGCAAUGGGCACACAACUGGGAUGGAUGUACUCUGGGCCGGGACUCCUAUGGUCACUAUGCCAGGUGAGACUCUGGCAUCACGAGUAGCUGCCUCCCAACUUACUUGCCUCGGUUGUCUUGAGCUCAUUGCAAAAAGCAGGCAGGAAUAUGAGGAUAUUGCUGUGAAACUGGGAACUGAUCUGGAAUACCUGAAAAAAAUACGUGGCAAAGUCUGGAAGCAGAGAAUAUCCAGUCCUUUGUUCAACACCAAACAAUACACAAUGGACCUGGAGCGGCUUUAUCUUCAGAUGUGGGAUCACUAUGCUGCUGGCAACAAACCAGACCACAUGAUUAAGCCAGUAGAGGCCAGUGAAUCUGCAUGAAGAGCCUGUCUGUGCACCCACCCAGAACUCUCCAGGAACUGAGCCUCUCAAACACUUCUGCAGAGAUGAUGAGCUAAAAACUGUGCAUUUCUACUUAAUCUGCCUGGUACUCCGUGGCUGAAGUGAUACAUGAUGGUGAUUAGAGCACAGUCAGACAAAUUUCUUGCA